GACGUCGAGUAGCGUUGAACAACGAAUUAGUUUGGCAGUUUGGAGAAAGACGUUGAGUCGGAGCAUUAGCAGCAGCAAGACUAUAGUACAUAAUGGAAGAAGAGAAGAAACAGAAAGACACUGAGCUUGGAACUACGGAGAAACCAAUCCCUAAUGCAACAUACUGGUUUCAGUAUGUAGUUGCUGUUUCCGCUUCAUUGAUUCUAUUAUCGUCUGCUGUCGCCUUCGGAUGGAAUUCUCCAGCCAUACCAAAAUUACGUCUCGAAGAUUCGCCCAUUCCGCCCAUUACUGGCGGGCAAAGUUCAUGGAUCGUGGCACUAAUGAAAGUCGGCUCAAUAUCAGCUUCAUUUUGUGCUAUUUGGUUGAUGAACAUACUCGGUAGAAAGACGCUGAUGUUGAUGGCUGCUGUUCCACUAAUAGCUAGUUGGAUUUUAAUUGGUGUAGCUACGUCAAUUGAUGUCGUUUAUGUAUCGAGAGUAUUGAGUGGUCUUGCAUAUGGCAUAGCGUAUUCGGUUUUGCCCAUGUACCUUGGUGAAAUUGCAUCGGAUCGUAUAAGAGGUUCAAUUAGUACACUCCUCACAGUCAUGGCUAAAUCGGGCAUUCUAUAUGCUUAUGCGAUUGGACCGUACGUAUCUGUCCGCUUGAUGGCAUGGCUAGCAAUAAUUCCAGCUGCGAUAUUUGUCACCACAUUCAUUUGGUUGCCUGAGUCACCGUAUUAUUUGAUUGGAAAAAAUGAGCAAGAAAAUGCACGGAAGAGUCUGGCUCGGCUACGACGACGUAGUGAUGUUGACGAAGAAUUGGAUAAAAUGACCGUGGCAGUGAAAAAAUCACAAGAAAAUAAGGGCACCUUCCACGAACUCUUUUUCAAUAAAGGCAACCGGAUGAGCUUGAUCAUCAUUCUAGGAUUAGCUGUGGCUCAACAGUUGUGUGGAAGUCAGGCGGUGAUAGCCUAUUCAGAAACAAUUUUCAAGCGUGUGGGAAGUACGCUCGGAGCCAGUGAAUCAACAAUUAUUCUCGGUGUAGUUCAAUUAGUAAGCUCAGCAGUUUCAUCGUCGAUUGUGGACAUUGUCGGACGACGACCACUGCUGUUGGUGUCAGUAAUCGGAGCAGGUAUUUGCAACACAAUCGUAGGAUUGUAUUUCUUCCUAGAGCGUUUUGAAAUCGACGUGACUGGCAUUGCAUGGUUACCAAUGACAGCCCUAAUGAUCUUUAUUGUCACAUACACUAUUGGCAUGGCCACAGUAACGUUCGCAAUUCUUGGUGAGAUUUUUCCGAAAAAUUUAAAAUCGGUCGCCGGUCCUGCGUUUACAAUUACUGGCGGUGCGUUCUCGUUUAUUGUGGCUAAAUUGUUUCAAAUUGUCUCCGACGAUCUGGGCAGCGAUUAUACGUUUUGGGGCUUCGCAUUGUUCACCUAUAUGUUCGUUCCGUUCGUUUGGUUUUUAAUACCGGAAACUAAAGGCAAAUCGUUGGACGUAAUUUUGGAGGAAAUUAAUUUGAGAAAUCACAAAAAGAAAACGAUCAAAUGAAAUAAAUUGUAUCGAUGAGAGUUUGGA